UCAGGUCUGUCCAGGACUACUUACUCCAGUAUAAAACUGAGAGCAGAAAUACGAUCACACACUGAGAAGUCUAAUCAAUUCUGGUUUCAACAUUGAGCCUAUUUAAAAUAGAUAAUGGAAUUGCUGUUCCUUGUUCUGUUCUCUCUGCACAUUCUCAAGACAGAGGCAGUAGUUGGAGGCCACUGGUGCUAUCAGUCACAGAAGUAUCAACAGCCAGACUGUGAAGAGCCUCGACAAUGGUAUCAAGUAGAUACUGCCUGCAAAGGAAACAAACAGUCACCUAUCAACAUUGUCACCAAAAAUGUCAUUUAUGACAAGAACCUUAAGCCACUGAAUUUUGAAGGAUAUGAUGUGAAGGGGUCUUCAAAAUGGAACAUAGAAAAUAAUGGACACACAGUUAAAGUAGCAUUAAGCACAUUCCCUAAAAUUGGAGGAGGAGGUCUGAGGAGGAAAUACAAGGCAGUAGAGUUUCAUUUGCACUGGGGAAUAGAAGGUGUGCCACAAUACCUUCCUGGGUCAGAGCACAGCAUAGAUGGAGAAAAACAAGCCAUGGAGCUUCAUAUUGUCCACAUAAGAGAAGACGUUUCAGAUGUAACAGAAGCAAAGAAACAUGCAGAUGGUGUGGCUGUGUUAGCAUUCUUUAUAAAGAUUGAAGAAGAAAACAAAAACUACGCCACUCUAAUAAAGGAAUUGGAGAAAAUCAAAUACAAAGGGGAAACAGCACAGAUGGAGCCUUUGCCCCUGAGUUCUCUUCUCCCACCUGAGGAAGAGCUUGGAAAGUACUAUCGGUAUGAGGGCUCCCUCACCACUCCUGACUGCUAUGAGGGUGUCACUUGGACAGUGUUUGAGAAGCCAGUUGAACUCAGUAUUGCUCAGAUUUCUCAGUUUUCAACAGUCCACUUUGAUGGGAAGAACUCAACUCUCAUGGCUGAAAAUUUCCGACCUGUUCAGUUUCUGAACAAACGCAAGGUGUACUGUUCCAGUGCCAGCAGCACCCUCCUGCCUCCUACUAAGGUUGUAAUGUUGGUCCUGAUGCUUGUGUGCAUCCUGUUUUCUCUUUUCCAGUGAACUCUUCUUGCCUCAUUCAAGGUUCUGAGCUUUUUGGAGUCUUUUUGCUUGGUUGGUUUGUUUUUGUUCUAAUUUUAUUGCUGCUGCUAUUUUUUUUUUUCAAUCAAGUAUUCUAACUCAUGAAUUGUAUUUGAACACUGAAUUAACCUUGUCCUCUUCCACAUACUAACUAAAGAGUUCUGUUGCUGCUCUUACAUAAAAUGAACUCCAUUGCACUAAAUCACAGAAUUUGAAGGAACUGUAAGAUAAAGCUAUGAAGAUUCAAAUUUAAAAACCCCCACACUAGUUAC